AAUUAAGCGUUUAUACACAAAAAAUAUGUUAAAAUCCUUAGUUUUACUGAGUUUUUACACCUCGUUUGUUGUGACGAAUGAAGCAAAUAACAAAUGUGUCGACAUAGAUAGUUUAAAUGAACCAGUUGGUGAAUAUUUUGCUAAAAAUGUAGUUCCAAAGCUCGAAGGGUUGCAUAAAGGUGAUGCUGGCAAGAUAGUAGUCGUCGGGGGAUCUUCCGAAUACACGGGUGCCCCGUAUUUUGCUGCAAUCUCCGCUCUAAAGGCGGGUGCAGACCUAGUCUACGUGCUGACGACGGCGAGCGCGGCGCCGGUCAUCAAGUCAUACAGUCCCGACCUCAUCGUGCACCCCACUCUGUCGCCCUCCACCUUCACCGCCAUCGAGGCUGUACUGCGCAAGGCAGACGUGAUUGUCAUCGGGCCCGGCCUAGGCAGGACCUCAGAGACGGUCCAUCUCACCGCCAACAUCCUCAACACCUGCAGAACGUUAAGGAAACCUCUAGUAAUCGACGCCGACGGUCUCUACGUCAUAUCUAAAGAUGUAACCCUUGUUAAAAACUACCCGAGUCCAGGGAUCAUCAUGACUCCGAACCAUUUGGAAGCGAAGUAUUUGAAAAAGGCAGUGGAAGCGAUGGGUUAUAAACAAAACUGGCAAAAGUAUUGGGGCCCGCAUGUAUCCGUUUUGGUGAAAGGCGCUACGGACUCGUUCUAUGGGAAUACGACUUGGGAGAUAUCUGAUGGGGGGUCGCAGCGGCGCGCGGGGGGGCAGGGCGAUAUUCUGUCGGGGUCACUGGGCACGUUCUUCGGUUGGGCGAUAAAGGCCAAUGUUUGUGCCAGUGUGCCAACAUUUGCAGCGGCUCGGCUGACGCGCGCCUGUAACGAGCUCGCGUUUGCUGCGCACGGCCGCAGCAUGACGGCUUCGGACAUGCUGCUGCAGAUACAUGCUGCGUUUGAGAAGUGCUUUGGUGGAGUCUGAUUUUUUUACCUACCUACUUACCUACUAAAAUUUUAUGUUAUCGCUAUAAGCGAGCUUCCUAAAAUUUCUCACGGGAUUUCCAUUAAUACAAACUUUAACAUUACAUAAUAUGCGAGUGAGGAUUCUUUAUUAUAAUAAUCAAUAAUAAUAAUAAAAUAACUUACGAGUAAAAAUA